AUGCCAUCCAGACUGAGCGUCAACAGGACCAGCACGCUCGGCCUCAACGGCCGCUCGCUGCGUCUCGCCAUCACCAUCACCUCGGUCAUCGGCUUCUCGCUUUUCGGCUACGACCAGGGCCUUAUGUCUGGCCUUAUCACGGGUAAAGAGUUCAACAGCGAGUUCCCCGCCACGGGCGGCGACGACCGCCGCACCAAGCUAGUCCAGGGCGCCGUCACGGCGUGCUACGAAAUCGGCUGCUUCUUCGGCUCGCUCUUCGUCAUGUUCCGCGGUGAGCAGAUCGGUCGUAAACCGCUUGUCAUUUUGGGCGCCUGCCUCACUAUCGUGGGCACUGUGAUCUCCACCGCGGCCUUCGGCCCCCACUGGGGCCUGGGCCAGUUCGUUGUGGGCCGUGUGUGCACCGGUGUCGGCACCGGUCUGAACACCUCGACCAUCCCCGUGUGGCAGUCCGAGAUGUCCAAGCCCGAGAACCGUGGUAUUUUGGUCAACCUCGAAGGCUCCAUGAUCGCCGUGGGCACCAUGAUUGCCUACUGGAUCGACUUCGGUCUCUCCUACGUCGACUCCUCUGUCCAGUGGCGGUUCCCAGUUGCCAUGCAGAUCUUCUUCGCCCUGCUGCUCCUGGCGGGAAUCUGGGAGCUGCCUGACUCGCCCCGUUGGUUGAUGUCUCGCGGUAGACGCGACGACGCCCUGCACGUUUUGGCCAAGUUGGACAAUUUGCCUGAGGACGACGAUGCCAUUAUCGCAGAAGCUACUGUCAUCCAGGACGCCGUCAACCGUUUCCGCCAUGAAAAGAGAUCCGUCAAAGACCUGUUCACCGGCGGCAAGACCCAGAACCUGCAGAGAGCUCUGGUUGCCUCCUCUACCCAGUUCUUCCAGCAGUUCACCGGUUGCAAUGCUGCCAUUUACUACUCUACCGUGCUGUUCCAAGAGUCCAUUGGUCUAACAGGUAAGCUGCCGCUUAUUCUAGGGGGUGUUUUCGCCACCAUCUAUGCCUGCUUCACUAUCCCCUCGUUCUUUUUGGUCGAGACUUUGGGUAGACGUAAGCUGUUCAUGUUGGGCGCUGCAGGCCAAGCCAUCUCAUUCACCAUCACCUUCGGAUGUCUGACAAAGGACGACACGGAGGUCGCCAAGGGUGCAGCCGUGGGUCUCUUCCUAUUCAUCUGCUUCUUUGGUAUGUCCAUGCUGUCUCUGCCUUGGAUUUACCCACCAGAGAUCGCCUCCAUGCGUGUCCGUUCUGCCACCAAUGCCUUGUCCACCUGUACCAACUGGCUUUGUAACUUUGCCGUUGUUAUGUUCACCCCCAUCUUUAUCAUGGACACUGGCUAUGGCUGCUACCUCUUCUUCGCUGUCAUGAACUACCUCUACCUGCCUGUUAUCUUUUUCUUCUACCCAGAGACCGCUGGUAGAUCCCUGGAGGAGAUUGACAUUAUUUUCGCAAAGGCUCAUGUCGACGGUACCAUGCCAUGGAGAGUCGCAGCUAACUUGCCAAAGCUUUCGUUCUCUGAGAUCGAGGACCAGGCCAACGCUCUGGGCCUGUACGAGGACGACAACGAAAAGCAAGAUCUCGACCUCGAUGAGGCGGCAGACCGCGAGGAUGCCAUCAGACAAAACAGCGGUGUCCAAGGUUACACCCUGUUCGAAAAGAGGGAGAAUGGUGCUGAAUCUGGUCAGCCUGACGGAUCGUCAACAUCCCAGAAGUCUGACUAG